CAGGCCUGUCACAUAAUUCCCAAUGGAGAACAGCACAGAGAUGACUGAGUUCAUCCUCACUGGGUUAACUGAUGACCCAAACCUGCAGAUUCCACUCUUCAUCCUCUUCCUUCUCAUCUACCUCAGCACUGUGCUUGGGAACCUGGGAAUGAUUGGGUUGAUUCUGCUGGACUCUCACCUCCACACGCCCAUGUACUUUUUCCUCAGUCAUCUCUCCCUGGUGGACUUUGGAUAUUCUUCAGCUGUCACACCCAAGGUGAUGGCAGGUCUCCUCUUAACAGACAAAACCAUAUUCCACUAUGCUUGUGGCACCCAGUUCUUCUUUUUUGUAAGCUUCAUUACUGUAGAAAAUUUCCUCUUGGCUUCCAUGGCAUAUGACCGCUAUGCAGCAGUGUGUAAACCCUUGCAUUAUACCACCGCCAUGACCACAAACACGUGUGCUGGUCUGGCCAUAGGCUCCUAUGCCUGUGGCUUCCUGAAUUCCUCCAUCCACACUGGGAACAUUUUCAGGCUAUCCUUCUGCAAGUCCAAUGUGGUUGAUCACUUUUUCUGUGAUGCCCCUCCUCUCCUGGCCCUCUCAUGCUCAGACACUUAUGUUAGUGAGAUGGUUAAUUUUUUCGUGGUGGGUUUCAAUGAUCUCUUCUCUAUUGUGGUCAUAUUGAUCUCUUACUUACUUAUAUUCAUCACUAUCCUGAGAAUGCGCUCAUCUGAAAGACGCCAGAAGGCUUUUUCCACAUGUGCUUCCCACCUCACUGCAGUCUCUAUCUUCUAUGGGUCUGGCAUCUUCAUGUAUCUGCAGCCCAGCUCCAGCCACUCCAUGGGAACUGACAAGAUGGCAUCUGUGUUCUAUACCAUGGUCAUCCCCAUGCUGAACCCUCUGGUCUACAGCCUGAGGAACAAAGAGGUGAAGGGUGCCUUCCACAAGGCCAUGGGGAAAGCAAAGUCUUCUAUAGGAUUCACACUUUACUGAUGUAGAAUCUGUACAAAGG